GUCUUGAAUACACCCGGCCGAUCUCCUGUGGUGAUGAUCGACUGGCAUACCGAGAUCAUGUUCCUUGAGGCAUUGAUGUCUCGAUGUGUGAGUGUGGUGGAUGCAUUCGACCCUCUGCACAGCUUCAUGGUUUCUCGAUAUCAAGAUGCUCGACCUUCUCGAGUCGCUUGGCUUCCCGGCAGUGUGAGCACACCUGGGACGUGUUGAACUCGUUCACCGAGCACACACGGAUCUUGGAGACGGAUCGGUCUGGUGGUCGUCUCUGGUGGUGGAUGAAUUGCUCGAAAUACCGAGCGAACCUGAGUUUCCUGGGACUGGAAGCAUAUCCCUUCCCCUGUUUCCACGAGGCGUUCCCAAAGGCAAUCACCACCUCGGUCUCCUUUGGUGCCUGGUCAAUGACUUGCUUGCACAUCUCGUGGACAGUGCGCUGUCGCUUGCUGUGGAGAUCGAGUCGCUUGAAUCGCCGUCGCCGGGUCAGGCUGAAGUACAGCUGUUUCUCCAGCAUGUCUCCAUCGAACACAUGGCGAAUGUAUUGCAGGAAGGAAGCCAACCCAGGGAUCUUGGGACUUGGUGUGGCACUCAUCCAGCGCAUCUCGAGCUGGAAGCGAUUCCCACAAUGGCGUCCUUGAUUCAAAUCACAGAAUGGUCAUGGCCAGUGCGCGAUUAUAUUGGGUAA